GUUCUCCGCACACUUCCUUCAGACGGCAAGCGGCGGACGCUGUAGUCCCUGGGUAAAACAUGGCGGCGGCCCAGGAUGUUCACGUCAGGAUCUGUGCGCAGGAAAUAAUUAAAUAUGAUCUGGAGAUUAAAGCGUUGGUGCAGAUUAGAAGAACACCUGGUGAUUUGCCUGCAGGAUAUCCGAGACAGUCCUGGACCUUUGAACCUUCUCACAGAAUUUAAUGCCAAAGUGAAAGAAAUGUUUCACCAACUCAGACUUCGAAUACAGGAUUUGGAACAGAUGGCAAAGGAACAAGACAAAGAAUCUGAGAAGCAGAUGUUGCUGGCUGAAGUGGAGAAUCAUCACAAACAAAUGUUAAGCAACCAAAAUGCUUGGCGAAAAGCAAACCUGGCCUGCAAACUUGCCAUAGACAAUCAUGAAAAAGAUGAAUUGCUUCAAAGUGGGGAUUCUUCAGUUCGACAACGGAAGAUGACAAAGGAAGGCUUAGUACAGACAGCAAGCAGCAUUACUGAGAGCUUGAUGACUAUCAGCAGGAUGAUGUCGCAACAAGUGCAGCAAAGUGAAGAAUCAGUGCAAACAUUGGCAACAUCUUCGAGAACAGUUCAGGAAACAAAUGAAGAAUUUAAAAACAUGACCGGCACGAUUCAACUGGGUCGCAAGCUGAUCACAAAAUACAAUCGCAGAGAGUUGACUGACAAGCUGCUUAUUUUCCUCGCUUUGGCUUUGUUUUUGGCAACAGUGGUGUACAUUUUAAAGAAACGCAUCUUCCCUUUUUUAUAGAACUGGAACAAAUGGCAGAAAUCAAAUAGACAUUGAAAUAGAGAUUAGAUGCAAAGUGCUGGAGUAACAGCUGGUUAGGCAGCAUCCCUGGAGAAAAAGGAUGGGUGAUUGAGAGCAUUGUAACUUGUGUAAGCAUUAAGGAAGAUAAGUUCAAGUUUUGUUUUUGCAUAUGAAUUGAAAUGGAAGCAGAUUCAAGUGCCUUUUAAAGAAUGGGACAAUGUCUUAAAAUAUAAAUUAAAAUUCCUAACUGGAAGGUAAAUGGACAUCAGAAAGCUAUGCAUUAUUUCCAAAUGUAAUCACUAUCUGCUGGUAAUUGUUGGUUGCAGCUAAGCACUGUAGUCUGUUUCUUGCAUCUGUUUCCCUUCACUUCAGUGGGACUGAGUUUUGGAAUGUUACAUGUACAUGUUCUUCUGAUAAAGGAUGGCUAUCCAGCGCCAUCUGCAUUUCACCGCUUCAAGGAAUUGCUGCCUAAUUAUUAUGCGGAAAGAUGGUACUUUUGUAUUAAGUAACAGUACAUGACUGACUUUGUAAAACAUCAUCGUUUUGUUCAUAUCUAUUCCAUAAUAUGUAUAGUUGAGUAACCUGAAUUUGCUUGAAUUACAAAAAAAUACUCUGUAUCUAUGCAUUGAAAAUAUUACCAAUGUAAGCACUUAUAGUUGUGAACACAGUGCAGUGUUCAGUAAUUUAUUAUCCAUGCAAACAAAACACUAUAAUUUCUCGACGGGACCAAUUAUUUGCUUCCAUAAUUAACAAAACCCUAUAAAUUAAUAUACCCUAUAAAUGUUCACAGUUAUUAAUAGUUACACAAGUAUCUGGGUCUUAUGAAUAUUAAUAAUGAAGCAUGUCAUUAUUAUUAAAAGGUUUGCACCCUUUCAAGGGAUUUAAAUUUGUCGGUUAAUUUUAUUUGGCAUACAUAUCGAACUGUUGGCUAGGUUGUAACUAUUUAGAUUAACUGAUUGAAAGAUUACAGUUGCAACGUUAAAAUAAAGUAUUGGAGAAAUUAUUUAUUUUACAUCUAA